UGACAGUUGUAUUGGACUUGGGUUGCCCCUGCUGUUGCAGGUGUCUCAUCUCACGAUUCCUCUUUUUCUCAACAGUUUGAGGAUUAUAUGCUGUAAAUAUUUUAUUUUACCCCCUAAAAGCUCAUUUGAACUCUCACUUCUUGAUCGUCACCUGCUAGUACUGGGACUGGGGCAGAAGAUCCCAAACCCAAGAUGAGUGUCAAAAAGGAAGACGUGGAAAAGUUCCUCGAUGGAAAUCCAGAUUUUGCCAAGAGCUACUUUGACAAAAAGCUCAAGCCUGGUGCUGUGGCCUCAAUCAUGCAAAUAUCUGAGUCCAAAGUGGAUCUGGAUACUUUUAAGGACAUAAGCUCAGUAGAGGAGGGAGCAAUAUUCUACAAUCUCAUUACAGACAUGCAGGAGAACGUCAAUAUGGAGAAAGUGAUUUUUAAGAUUCUGAAGAGGGUCAGUGCUCUGAUCCAUGCCGACCGAUGUAGCCUCUUCAUGUAUCGACAGCGGAAUGGUGUGGCGGAGCUAGCAACACGACUCUUCAACGUUAACAAAGAUUCGGAGCUUGAUGACUGUGUGGUGCCUCCAGAUUCUGAGAUUGUCUUCCCUCUUGAUAUCGGUAUUGUAGGAUAUGUUGCUCAAACCAAAAAGACCAUCAAUGUCAAGGAUGUCACACAGGAUAGUCACUUCAGCUCAUUUGUUGAUGAACUCACUGAAUACACCACACGCAACAUCUUGGCCACGCCCAUCAUGAAUGGAAAGGAUAUAGUAGGCAUCAUCAUGGCUGUCAACAAGACCACUGGACCACAUUUCACAGAUGAAGAUGAGGAUCUGUUUUUAAAGUAUCUGAAAGUUGGCUCUCUGAACCUGAAGAUUUUUCAUCUGAGCUACCUUCAUAACUGCGAAACACGUAAAGGACAGCUGCUGUUGUGGUCAGCUAACAAGGUGUUUGAAGAGCUCACAGACAUUGAACGACAGUUUCACAAAGCUUUGUACACAGUGCGAGCUUACCUCAACUGUGACAGGUACUCUGUGGGCCUGCUGGACAUGACAAAGGAAAAGGAAUUCUUUGAUAUUUGGCCAGUGUUGAUGGGAGAACAGGCACCGUAUUCUGGGCCUGUAACUCCAGAUGGAAGGGAAGUAAUUUUCUACAAAGUUAUUGAUUAUAUUUUGCAUGGAAAAGAGGACAUCAAGGUCAUACCAAAUCCUCCUGCAGACCACUGGGCUUUGGCUAGUGGAUUACCCACAUAUGUUGCAGAGAGUGGACUUAUUUGCAACAUUAUGAAUGCAGCAUCAGAGGAAAUGUUCAACUUUCAGACGGAGGCCCUGGAUGCCAGUGGAUGGACUAUCAAGAAUGUGCUGUGUCUACCAAUUGUCAACAAAAAAGAAGAAAUUGUCGGUGUUGCAACUUUCUACAACAGGAAGGAUGGUAAACCAUUUGAUGACCAUGAUGAACAACUCAUGGAGGCUUUGACACAGUUUCUGGGCUGGUCGGCCCUCAACACAGACACCUACGACAAAAUGAAUAAGCUGGAGAACAGAAAGGAUAUUGCCCAGGACAUGGUGCUUUACCAUGUCAAAUGUCGAGAUGAUGAGAUUCAAGAUAUCCUUAAAACAAGACAGUAUUUUGAAAAAGAGCCAAGAGACUGCGAAGAGGACGAGCUUUUGGAAAUUCUGAAAAAAGAGCUGCCUGGUCCAAAGAAGUUUGAGAUCUACGCCUUCCAUUUCUCAGACUUUGUUUGCACUGAACUGGAACUUGUAAUGUGUGGGAUCCAAAUGUACUAUGAAGUUGGAGUGGUUAGAAAGUUUCAGAUCCCUCAGGAGGUUUUGGUGAGAUUCAUGUACUCAGUCAGCAAAGGCUACAGGAAAAUCACCUAUCACAACUGGCGCCACGGAUUCAACGUUGGGCAAACCAUGUUCACAUUGCUCACGACAGGCAAACUAAAGCGGUAUUACACAGAUUUGGAGGUGAUGGCUAUGAUCACUGCUGGCUUCCUGCAUGAUAUAGACCACAGAGGCACAAACAAUCUCUACCAAGUCAAGUCCCAAAAUCCUCUAGCCAAGCUGCAUGGAUCCUCCAUUCUAGAGAGGCAUCACUUGGAAUUUGGCAAAUUCCUGUUAUCAGAUGAGUCCUUAAACAUCUUCCAAAACCUCAACAGAAGACAAAUGGAACAUGUCAUCCACCUCAUUGAUAUUGCCAUUAUUGCUACUGAUCUUGCCUUGUACUUCAAAAAGAGGACAAUGUUCCAGAAAAUUGUGGAUCUCUCUGAGACAUAUGAGGAGGAAAAGAAAUGGGUGGACUUCAUGUCUCUUGAAACAACGAGGAAAGAAAUAGUAAUGGCCAUGAUGAUGACAGCGUGUGACCUCUCAGCUAUCACUAAGCCAUGGGAGGUACAAAGCAAGGUUGCCCUCUCUGUAGCAGCAGAAUUCUGGGAGCAGGGUGAUCUUGAGAGGACUGUUCUUGAGCAACAGCCUAUUCCCAUGAUGGACAGGAACAAAGCUGCAGAAUUGCCCAAGCUUCAGUGUGGUUUUAUCGACUUUGUCUGUACUUUUGUAUACAAGGAAUUCUCUCGUUUCCACUCCGCCAUCCAGCCAAUGUAUGAUGGCAUUCUUAACAACCGGAUGCAUUGGAAAGAGAGGCAGGAGGAAUAUGAGGCAAAAUUAAAAGCAUUAGAAGAGGCAGCUAAAGCCAAGCAGGAGGCAGAUGCCCUGAAAGCUGGUAAUGCCAACAAAGCCAGUGGAUCAGAAUCAGGGUCCAAGACCUGCUCAAUCUGCUAAAGAAAAGGGAACAAGAGGAGGGCAAAUGGAAAGGCAGCUUGGGACACAAGAACACACACAAAAAAAAAAAGAAUUGGAGAGUUGGACAAACACUAUCAAAGCAUUUGAUAUCAGCAAGCCAUAGGACCAGCUGUUGGCUUGUUGGUAACAAAAAAGCUAGUAUUACAGUUGUUGGGUUAAAAGUAUUUUCCACUUGUAUUUAAUGUUCUACAGAAAAGUCACGAGGUGAAUAUUGCAACUAUUUCAAAGAUGGUUUCAUCAGAACAAUGAAAUGUUCUAAAAAAAAAAAAUGUUUUAAUAUUUUUCUGAGCCAGUCAUAGAAAUUAGCACCAUAUUUAAAUGUUGCCUGUACUGGAUAGUUUAGUCCCACUGGUGACUGGUUGCUAUCUUAUUGUCAAGGAGGAUCAUGGCAACAAUGUUUCCAGUUCCAGUGAGUUUGCCCAUAUAUGGAAUUAAAAUCAUGGGAUUCAUUCAUCAUAAUUUAAAGAAUAUAUUCUAUUGUAUAUAUAAAUGUAACUCUAUAUUACAUUUUUGCCACUACCUGCCCUGAAUCAGAACAAAAAGUCAAUUUUAUGUGUGCUACAAACUUUUGUUGUAAGGUUUACAUUUUAACCCUCUAAAAGUGAUCACAUUAUAGAGCUGAGAAGCCAUUUUUCAGAUUGCUAAAUGUGAGGUUUAAUUGGCUAAAUGUGAACAAUAUGGCAUUUCAUAGGAGACACUCACUGAGCACUUUGUUAGUAACUCUAUGGUCCUAAUAAAGUUCCAGACGUGGUCUUCAGCUGUUAUAGCCCAUCCACCUCAAAGUUACACAUGUUGUGCAAUCUGAGAUGCUACUCUGCUCACUACAAUUGUACAGAGUGGUUAUCUGAGUUACCAUAGCCUUUCUGUCAGCUCAAACCAGUCUGGCCAUUCACCACUGACCUCUCUCAUCAACAAGGUAUUUCUGUCUGCUGAACUGCUGUUCACUGGAUGUUUUUUGUUUUGGCACCAUUCUGAGUAAACUCGAGAGACUUUUGUGCGUGAAAAUCAAAGGAGAUCAGCAGUUACAGAAAUACUCAAACCAGCCCAUCUGGUACCAACAAUCAUGCCACGGUCAAAUUUCCACCAUUCUGAUGGUUGAUGUGAACAUAAACUGAAGCUCCUGACCCAUAUCUGCAUGAUUUUAUGCAUUGCACUGCUGCCACAUGAUUGGCUGAUUAUAUAAUUACAUGAAUAAAUAGGUGUACAGCUGUUUCUAAUAAAGUGCUCAGUGAUUGUAGAUGGGGGAGUACACCUGAGUGAUGGUCAGCCUAUGUAAAAACUGGAAAAGCAUUGAGUUUAAAGUUGUAGUUGUUUUUUUUUUUCACAUAAGCUGGAAGUUAAUGCGCAAUUGUCCUUCAGACGUAUUUACAUCAAGUGCUGUCGUGGGUGUGUUUCACUGAGAAAUGUCCCGUUGCUAAGUGUCUCCACUGUUGGGAUAUGCGUUCACAGAAAUAUCUAAUUCCAGUGGCCUUGAUACCAUUCAUCCAAUUCAUUCUCAGCUGACCUGAACCAACUGAACAAUGAGAAGUUGUCUGUGACUAAAUUCAGAAAGGUAUUCAGAUUUGAGCAUACUUUUUAUAGGUGUUUCUCUUUCACUGGUUGUCCAUAAACAUCAAUAGAUGUCAGUUGUGAAUCUAAUCGUGUAAAUAUAACAAAUUGUAUGAGGUACAAAGAUCUAGUUUGAAAGUAAAUACAACAAAAGGUGUGUUGUUAGUGCACUUCAUAAAUUCUACAUGCUCUACAUCAUUACAACGCUGCUGCUUCUGUUUUGCAUUCCAGAAAAGGUUCAAUUUAAGUAGCGAAGGACCAGCAGUAGUAAAGUAAAUUGAUAUUUAUAUGUGCCAGAUCAGAAAGUGAGGGCUCAGUAAUAAGGCUUGUGUGACACAAAUUGAAAUCACUUGCAGAGCAAGUUUCAUCAUGCUCUGAAACCAUCCACAAUACAGCAUCAAGUAUGGGUGAUUCCAAUUAAAUUGGUUAACUUGUUAAGCUUCAUUUCUGUAUGCUCAAUACUGACA